AUGGAAGACAAACAGUCUCUCGAGGCACGUAUAGUCACAUUAACAAAAAAAUCACGCAAGUUAGAAGACAAGGUUACUUCUCUCGAAGGCAAACUACGAUCUGCUAGCGACUCAUAUCAGCAACUCCUUGAGCGUCUUGAUGCAGGCUCAUCAAAUCUACAUGAUAGUACCUUGCAUGACCCAGUUGUUGCUCUUGUCAUGAGCAUAGAUCCAUCCCCUCUGCUCGAUGAACAGAUGAUUGACAAGCCGCAGAAGUUAUUCUAUCGAAAGGCAGACUGGACCAAUGAGAAGAAGAGGACUCGCGGUGUCCUCGACGCACUCGAUGUGGACGAUAUCUCAGGCCCAGGGCCAUGUCACUACUUGAUUCAAAAGGACCGCAGUGUUGCAUCAGGAGAGGAUCAAGAGACAAUGCGCAAUGAAGCACGCGCAGCUUGGACAACUAUGAAAAUUUAUGGACACUGUGGGACAACAUGGACGAAGACCGACACAUUUGGUCAGACUUUUUUUUAUCGUCACAUGCGUGCACAUUUCUCCGAGUUCCGGUACUGUGUGCAUGACUGGAAGGCACGUCAAUUUGCAACAACCUAUUUCCCUGCUUGGAGUGGAAAGCCCGAAGAGGAUCCUGGUAUCAAAACAGAAUCUGUAAAGGUCGAAUCUGCUCUGGACAUCAAGAUGGAACACUUCAGUAGCACAGCCCCAUUACAGAGGUUGAGCUCUGCCAAAUCCAAAUGCCCACCUUCCCUUACGAUUUUCACCUUGGCUAUUCAACGAGUUCCAUCUCUCCCAUCAUCAUCAACAGCUGUUGUCAGACCUCUCGUGGCAGCUGGAACAUUGUUUGUCAACAAGGGAAAGAAUUGUGCCGUCCAAAUCAUCAGCCCACUGGCGCAUACUGCAGAUCAAUACAGCACAUCGACUAAUCUCAAUGCAGAUAUUGUCUCCCUCGGACAGACUGCAGAUCAACACAUGUCGGCUGAUCUUGAUGCAGAUAUCAUCCCCCUCGAACAGCCAAAUUCACUUACGAUAGUCGAACAAGAGGACAACUAUGAAGGCAUCGUCGACACUCAUAUUCACAGCAUUUUCGAAUCCAACACAUCUCCGACCGACUCGAAAAUGAUUUGUUCUGUGCCUGAGCUUGCACCCACAUCGCCGCCACCUUCUGCUUCAAUCCACAGUCUUCUUGAGAACCUUGCGUCGUCGUUGAAAACACCUGUUACUGGACCGAUCACCCCUGCUUUUGCUAAUGUGACACUUGCAGAUAUUCCCAUAAUACAUCCGGUCGGACUCGGAAUGCAACCACCUGCUGCCAGUAUGCCACCGUUGAUGGGCAUUCCAAAGAAGAAAAAAGAAUCAAACCUGAACGCUGUGCUGCGUCCCACCAAAUCAAAUACCGCUAGAAACCUAUGUGCCAUCGCAUACAAAGAACAAAACAAAGGGAGAGCUGUUACUGUCGGUGAAUUUGCUGCAUACUGGGACAAUAUGUCCGAAGAGAUGCGAAAGCCAUUUGUUGAUCAAGUUGAACAAAUUAAACGGGCUAAAGCAAGCGCUAUCGAGUGCGCUACUGGUAGCAUGGUCAAUAACAGUCACCCCCAGGAAUAA